AUGGAUAAGCCCAGAAGGUGCAAAGAUGACCCAUGGAAAGUCUAUGAAGAGGAAAUUCCCAGCAGUGUCACUCGCUAUGAUGGACAGAGUGGCUACUCUCAGGACACAUUAACCCUGAAUCACCUGUUACUUCUGAGGGAAUCCUUUUCCAAGCAGCAGAGUCCAAAAUCCAAAUCCCUUAAGAAGAAAGGAUCCCAUAAAACUGGAUAUGAGGGUAGGUUCUCAGACAACUGUAUGUGUCUGGCAGAGUUCUGCUCCACUCUGCGUGCUGUGGUUGGCCCGGACUGUUGGACAAGCGAGAUGGAAGAGUUUCUCAACGAGAUGGAUUUGUCUUGUGAUGGCCACGUAAGCUGGGAGAAGAUUUGCACCUACAUGCUACAGCAGUACAGACAGAAGGACGAGAUGUCACAGGGUGGACACUCAGUGUCCCUUUCUGAACCUCUGAUACGCCACUGUCUGUAUAACAAGCAAGAACCAGUCACACGUGUUGUGGCAGUGAGCAAACCACCACCAUUGCGUUAUGUGUCCGUCAGUAAGGGUGGGACCAUCACCGUCUGGAGCAGCCACCUCCACAUGCUGAAGUCACUAGAGGUUGGAAAACUAUCUGGAGGCCGCCAUGGGGAGGUGGGAACACGAGGGAGGUCUGGGACCUGGAUAACUGAUGCCGUCUAUAUGCCCAAUGUCCACAAGAUAGCAGUGGCCACCAUGACCCGGGAUAUUCACUUUAUUGAUGUCUCCACUAACUACACUGAAGAAAUUCACUUAUUUGGUGUGUUUCAUUGGGCUCCAGAGGAGCAAUGUGUGCUGAUGUGGGGAGACAAGAGUGGGUCUGUGAAUUUGUUACGGUUCCUGCUUCCUUACAAGGGGCUGUUUGAAACCCCGUUUAAAGUUCAAAGUGGACCCCACAGGAUCUUCAUGCGGAACAUCCAUGACCACAGCUCUCUGGUGUCCCAUCGGGUCAUUCCCAACGUCCACCCCGAGUCAAUCAAUCGAAUUAUGUAUGAAUCUGAUGCAGAUCUAAUUAUUACAUCAUCAGAAAACCCUUCCAGCUCAGUUGUCAUUACUGAUCUUCACUUGAAGAGAAAAAAUUACAUUUGGAAAAUUCACAAGGGUGUUAGGUGUUUUGACUUCAGCUUGACUCUGAGUCUGCUGGUGACAGGAGGGUUGGACCGUCGCGUCAGGCUGUGGAACCGCUAUGUGACCAAACAUCCGGUGGCUAUUUUACAAGGCCACCAAUCUACUGUUUUGGAUGUGGCUUUCCAUCAGUGCCAGGGAAAGAUCUUUAGCUACUCCAAAGAUGCUGUGCUGAAAAUAUGGGACAUCUCAUCCGAACAGUGUGUGAGGACCCUGCAGCUCGAUUUUCCCUGUAUUCAGCCUGGUCGGAGCCCUGAACAUGGGAGCUUUCCGUUUCUGCUGGACUUCGCAGUGACACCUGUGUUACUGGUGACUUGCAGGGAGUACAUGGCUUUGCUGAGUCUAGACACUGGGGACGCCGGGAAUGGGCCGGAUCAACUGUCCUGCAUUCUCUACAAUCCCCUCUUCAAACAGGUGGUGACGGCAUACGUGAACUCCUCAUUGGCUGUGUGGGAUGUGGAGACUGGAGUGAGGUGUUUGGAGGUGAAGAAUGCCCAUGGUCGGGCGGAGAUCACCUGCAUGGCCCUGGACAGACGUCAGAGGCGACUGAUCACUGGAGCUUCCAAUGGCACUAUUAAGGUGUGGAACUUCUUGUAUGGUCACAUUCUUUAUAAGCUGGAGGCUGUUUCUAGGACAGAAGUCAAAGGGGUCAUCUGUUACCAUGACAAUCAGCUUCUAGCAAACAUGUAUGUGAAAGCAGACCUGCCCUGGAAGUCUGCACGGCAGCACAGGGAACCCAUCUUGGCAGUGGACCACUGCCCGCAUCGAAGGCUGCUGGCUACAGGGAGUUCGGAUGGAGAAAUCAUAAUCUGGACUUUGGACACCCAAAGACCUCUCUGCCAUUUUCAUAAAGUCCAACAUGGAAAGUUAGUCGGCGGCCGAGCCCAGAAUCAACAAUGGAAGAGAACAGCUCUGCUCUUCACUUCUCAGAGAGGUUGGCUGUACUCCUGGAGCAUCCAAGGCCCUACACACUGCCACGGCCGAUUCUACGUACCAGAUAAAGCCAAUGAGUUCGUGCCGGGGCUCAGCACUGACCAGGACAACACUUUUCUUGUCACUGGAGACACAACCGGACACAUCCAGGUCUGGAACAUCUCCCAGUACGCCCUAGGGACUGGACAUGAGCCUGUGGAGGAGCGCCCUCCACUCUUACAUAGCUGGAGGGCCCAUGAAGGUGCACUGGUGAGUUUGGAGGUGCUUGCGUUGAGCUCACGCCUCUUCCUGGUCAGUGCAUGUCAGGACCAGACUGCCCGCCUGUGGACCAAUGAUGGCAGCUUGUUUCCAGAAAGUUAUGGGGUGGCAGGAAAAAAGGGACAGCUGUCAGCUCUUCUGGCUGUGGUGGAGGUCACCAUUCUCAACACGCCCUCUGUCUCUGGGUCUGUAGACAUGUUCAUAUUCUACAGACUUGUGCCCUGGACACCAGAAUGGAGUCUCCAGAACACACAGGCCGCAUGGCUGCAGCAUUAG